AUGGACAACUCAGUAGAGGUCAAGACUGUAAUUGAGACCAAUGGUGGGAUGAAAGGGAAAGAAAGGCAGCCAUCAUCAGUGCUUCCAUCAACGAUAAUAGCAUCCACUGAUAGUAAGAAUGUGUCUUGUGUCGACAGCGAUGCUGGAAUCCACUCGAUUGUUGGACAGAUGAAGUCCAUUCACAUUGGACAGAUGAAGUCCAUUCACAUUGGACAGCAUCGGCCGGUAGCCAUGACAAAAGAGUCGAUGAGAAGUGGAAAGCAGAGUCACUAUAAGGACACUCAAUCAGGACAUUCAUUUCAGGAUUGGCAUCAACGUCGGAAUCAGUCUGCCAAGUACUGCAAGCCAGUCAAUGGAGCAACUCAAUUGUCAAAAGCAUCAAACACCAAUGGUUUCGAUCGUAGCCAGCCCAGACACACUUGUAUAGUGCCGGCUGCAGCAGAGAAAGGUGGUUUGGAUAAGGCCAAACAGCCCAUCUCAACAGCAGUAGGAAUUGGCUCAAAGCCUUGGUCCUCCAAUGCAUCGAAACUGGUUAAACGGGCUGAUUGUUCAGAGAAUGCGAUAUUGUCAUCAAAACUUGAUAAGAGAACAGCUGGAUCACAAAGUCAUCUCAAACCAUCUAUAGAAGCAUCGAGUGCUUCAUAUCAGGUUGUAGCUCCACCUGAGUUACAGCUAUUUGCACCCAAAUCUACUCAAUGGAGAUCUAAAGGCUCUAACCCUUUAGCAAACAGAAACAAAGCUUUUAUUAUCAAUGUGCCUCGAAACGAGCCAGUAAUGGUUGCCGAGGCAAAAUCUGCAAUGGCUUUUGCGAUUCAAAAUGCUCCCAACCAACAGCAUCCUGCAAAGAAAUCUACUUUAAUUAAAUCUGUAAUUCAGUCAGAUGCUUUGGUUACCGAUUCCAUUAAACGAUUUCUGGAAACUAUUCAAGAUAGCUCUCUAAUGCCUGUCCUGUCUGAACCAAAAGGAUUUGUUGGAAUGCUGAUGCCUCAUCAACAAGCUGGUCUUGGUUGGCUUGUGGAUCGCGAAAAGAAUGGGCCUUGCCAUGGAAGUAUACUGGCAGAUGAUAUGGGUCUCGGAAAGACUAUACAAACGAUUGCACUUAUUCUAGAAUGCAAACCACCAGAAUCAUUCAAAGGCCGUCAUGCUACUUUGAUUAUCUCACCUCUUGCUGUCAUUGACCAAUGGCGAGACGAGAUUUCUGACAAAACAACUCCCGAAAGCCAGCGUAUAGUUGUAUUUCAUGGUUCCGAUCGUGGAAAAUUGAUUCAGAAAUUUAAUGAUGCAAAUGUCGUUAUUACUACCUAUGAUGUUCUUUCUGCAGACUACAAAAAACUUACCAAUGAGGCACAUAUAAUCAAAACAAGGUCCACAUUAGUAGCAAAAGCAGCACACUAUCUGCCCACACGCCAUCGGCUAUGCUUGACUGGAACUCCGCUUCAAAAUAGUAUUGAGGAUCUUUUUAGCAUAUUUCAAUUUUUGAAACAAGACCCAUAUUCUAAUUAUGAGGUAUUCAAACAGAAAAUUCUCAAACCUUUAAAAAGCCAUAUCUUGAAAGAUCGUGAGGCUGCUAUGGCUCAAGUAAAGCUUGUACUGCGAGGUUUACUUCUUCGUCGUACAAAAAAUACUCUUGUUGAUGGAAAGCCCGUUGUCACUCUUGUUUCAAGAGAGCUCAAGACUCGCUUGUUAGAUUUUACUUCAAAAGAGCGCGCUUUCUAUGAUGGUUUACUAAAUAGUAUUAAAAAAGAGGCAAAAGAUCAACAAGGAAAUAUUUUGAUAUAUAUUUUGAAGCUACGACAAGCCUGUAACCACUUUAGUUUAAUUGGAUCCACAGCAGACGAUGAGCCGAUACCUGAUUCUAUACCUACACUGAGCGAUUUGUCUAAAUUUUUAACAAAUUUGAAGCUGGAACCGACAGAAACAAAACUCGACAGUCUUGAGUCGACAACUGUUUCUUCUACAAAAUGUGACGAGGUUGUUCGGAUAUUAGCUGAAAAUCAAAAGAACUCGAAUGUUUCAAAAACAAUUGUAUUCUCUCAAUUUACUUCCAUGCUGAAUGUUAUUCAAAAUGCUCUUGAUGAAACCGAUAUUUUGUAUUGUCGAUAUGAUGGCGGUAUGAAGCGCAAAGAACGUGAACAAACAUUGUUUCACUUUAAAUCCAGCGAGAAGAUCAACGUCAUGCUUAUUUCCACAAAGUGCGGUGCGGCUGGGAUCAAUUUGACUUGUGCCAAUUUUGUGAUUCUAGUAGAUCCUUGGUGGAAUCCUAUGAUGGAAGAACAAGCCAUUGGAAGAGUUCAUCGUAUUGGACAGCGCAAUCCCGUGCACGUCGUUCGUUUGGUUAUGAAGGAUACGAUUGAGGAGAAGGUGAUGGAAAAGCAAAAACAAAAGUUGGACAUGAUCGAGGGCACUAUUGGUAUGACGAAUGUAUCCAAAGACCAAUCACUUACAAAACAAGAGUGGAUAACCAUGUUGUUCUCCUGAUGCAGUGAUAUUCCAAAGACAACACUAAAGGCGACCAUUGUCUAGUUGAUACUCAACAUUUACAGUAAUUUCAAGACUUGUCAUUCUUUUUACAAGCAUUACAUAUCCCAAUUGAUGAUCAUCUUCAAACCUAAAGCUGCUACGGUUGAAUAGCAGUGGUUUAUUUAGAGUAUGCCCAUACCAAAUUACCCUAUUUCUGUACUUGCUUG